AUGUUCAAGUAUCUCAUUUUAUUAAAUACUUUAGUUAUUAUCUACACCUUUUAUUUCAAUUCAAAUAAAUUGGAAGAAAAUUUCAUCUUAGAUAUAUCUCUCAUAAAAACAGCAAACACAGAAACUAAUACUGGAGCUCCACUUGUUUCGAAUGCUCAAGUGAGGGAAUUUGGGGUAUUUACAGGAAAAGGAACAAAUACAAUAAGCGCAUAUGUCACUAGCUUUGGAAUUGGCUUUGACUUGUCUGUAAAUAAAAAAUGUAGCACAAAAAAAAUUAAAAUUUUGAUUCAAGAACUAGAAAAUUUAAUGCUUAAAUUGUUUAAAAAUUAUGGAAGAAAUAAAGAAUUAGAAAAAUCACAAGUCAAUGAAGCAGUCCAAUCUCCUCAACUCCUAAAUGAAUUGAAUAAUUUAACAGAAGAAAUACAAAACCAAAACAGAGUCUUGGAGAAUUUACUUACUGAACUAUACGCCUGUAUUUUAAGCAAAACUGCAAUUAAAUACUCUAAUAAAUCAAUGAGAAAAAACAAAAAGAGUUGCAACCUUGUUUAUUUGGUUUACCAUUCUUCUCUUAAAAGUAUGAGUAAAAUCCUUAUUUCUAUUCUUAAAGAAGUACUCGAAGAAUUAUCUAAGUCCUAUAACAAAUGUCUUAAAUCGAUUAAUAUAAGCCCAGAAAUGUGUUAUCAACUUGGAGUUUCAAUUUCGAGUGUCGAAAGCUCUAUUUUGUCACAGAAUCAGGUUCUUACAGAAUCCAAAUCUGAAAAGAAAAAGUGUAAACGUUAUCUCCGAAAUAAAUUAAUGACUAGAAUAUUAGGUCGAAAUCAAGGUAGAGUAUCUGGAAAAGUAAUCUCUGAAACUGAAGACUCUAUUACUACAUAUUUAUAA